AACAUUUCCAACUUCAUGAAUUUUUCACUUACUGAAAGAGUCUCCAGGAACAAUCAAAAUGAAACUGGAAAAAUGUUCUCAGAAAUGCACAAUGCUACUUACUGUGUCAUGAUAGAGAAGUCACUAUCUUUAGCUUUACUAUUUUUAUAUUCAGUCAUUUUUGUCAUUGGAUUGGUUGGCAAUGUUACUGCCUUGUAUGUUUUUCUGUUCACUCACUGCAAGAAGAACUCGAUCCAGGUUUAUCUGCUUAAUGUUGCCAUUGCAGACCUCUUACUGAUCUUUUAUCUCCCUUUCCGAAUACUCUACCAUAUAACCCAAAACACAUGGCUGUUGGGCUUGACUGUUUGCAAGAUUGUAGGAAACUUAUUUUAUAUGAACAUGUACGUUAGCAUAGUACUACUAGGGCUGAUCAGUUUGGACCGUUAUGUAAAGAUUAACAGAUCUGUACAUCAACCUAAAGUGCCAACCACAAAACAAAGCAUAUAUUUAUGUUGUACACUGUGGACUGUUGCAAUAACAGGAUUUAUACUGAUGGUUGUUCAGUCUACCAGGAAGGAAGAUAAACAUUCUGCAAUGUGUUUUCAUUACAGAGAAAAACAAAAUGCAAAAAUGGAAGCAGGUUUUAAUUAUAUUCUUGUUAUAAUAUUUUGGAUUGUUUUUAUUCUACUGAUCCUGUCAUAUAUUAAAAUUGCAAGCAACCUUCUGAAAAUUUCCAAGAAGAGAAUAAGUUUUCCUCAUACUAGAAGGUAUACUGCCAUUGCACGGAACUCUUUCAUAGUACUCAUAAUUUUUACAUUAUGUUUUGCUCCUUAUCAUAUUUUCCGAUUUAUUUACAUCACUUUACAACUACACAAUACCUCCUGCUCCUGGAAACAGAUCAUUCACAAAUGCAAUGAGAUUAUGCUGGUCUUCUCAUCAUUCAACAGUUGUUUAGAUCCAGUUAUGUACUUUUUAAUGUCCAGAAGCGUCCGGAAAACUGUACUUCAACUGAUUUGUAAGAGACUUCAUGUGGAUUCUAGCAUGAAUGAGAGUACUUCAGAAACUAAACAAGGACAUUAUUUUCAAGAUAACCCUGAAAACCCCAGCCAGCAUUCCAGAAUGUAUCAUAAUAAGAUUAACAAUUAA